AUGGCGCCCUUGCUUGUCGUGCGCCAUGGCGCCCGCGCCAGUAAGGCCCGGGCGGCGUGGCUUACCACGAAGCUCGCCGGAGCCCUCGGUGGCAAACGGGGUGACGUCUCGGCGGCCGACGUGCGCCUGGCCCCGCUCAGCGACCAGGCCCACUCGCUCACCGUCGGCAUCGGCACGCCGCCACAGCCGCGCAAGCUCGUCGUCGACACCGGCAGCGACCUCAUCUGGACGCAGUGCAAGCUGUUCUCCCGCCGCCGCGCCGCGAGCAGGCAGCGGGAGCCGCCGCUCUACGACCCUUCCAUGUCCUCCUCCUUCGCCUUCCUCCCCUGCAGCAGCAGGCUGUGCCAGGAGGGGCAGUUCAGCUUCAAGAACUGCACCGACAACAACACGUGCGUCUACGUCGACGUGUACGGCAGCGCGGCGGCGAACGGCGUCCUCGCGUCCGAGGCCUUCACCUUCGGCGUGCACCGCGCCGUCUCCCUCCGCAUCGGCUUCGGCUGCGGCGCACUCUCCGCCGGAACCCUCGUCGGCGCCACCGGCAUCCUGGGGCUUAGCCCGGAGACGUUGUCGCUGACCACGCAGCUGGGCAUACAGAGGUUCUCCUACUGCCUCACUCCUUUCGCCGAUCGUUACACUAGCCCGCUGCUGUUCGGUGCCAUGGCCGACUUGUCCAAGCACGAGACGACGGGGCCGAUCCAAACCACCUCCCUACUGAGCAAUCCGGUGGAAACCGUCUACUACUACGUGCCACUGGUAGGCAUCUCCACGUUGGCGUACCUCGUGGAGCCUGCGUUCGAGGCCGUCAGGAAGGCCGUGAUGGACGCGGUGAAGCUGCCGGUGGCGAACCGGACCGUCGAAGACUACGAGCUCUGCUUCGCGCUGCCGCGCCGCACGGGCACGGCGGCGGCGAUGGAGGCGGUGCAGGUUCCGCCGCUCGUGCUGCACUUCGACGGCGGCGCGGCGAUGGUGCUGCCGCGGGACAACUACUUCCAGGAGCCGAGAGCCGGGCUCAUGUGCCUGGCGGUGGCCAAGAUGGCGACGGACGGGGGCGGCCCCGGCGUGUCCAUCAUCGGCAACGUCCAGCAGCAGAACAUGCACGUACUCUUCGAUGUGCGAAACCAGAAGUUCUCCUUCGCUCCCACGCACUGUGAUCAGAUCUGA